GCCUACAGCUCUGCCCCGCAACGCGGCUGCAGUUUUCAAACCUCAACUGUAACCUUCCGUCACCGUCUUCGCCGCCGUAGCCGGGAGCCACCUCACGGGGAGGUCAGGUCACAACUGUUGGCCGUUGUCCAGAAGAGUAAAAGUGGGUCCUGCCACGCUUGGAGCUACCCGGCACCUCACGGAGCUAGAGCUGGAGAACGCGUCUUGUCGUGCCCACCUGCGUGGGGCGGGACUGGAGCCCCCUUGGAGGGGGCAGCAUCGGGAGAACCUGCUGCUGCCUGAGCGGUAAAAAUAAGUGACUGAAGAAGCCUACCUGAGAGUCAUCUAACAUGUCGAGGAGAAGAUUUGAGUGUCGAAGUAUUUCGGGCUUGCUAACUACAACUCCUCAAACUCCAAUUAAAAUGGAAAACUUUAGUAAUUUUUAUACACUUACAUCCAAAGAGCUAGGAAGAGGAAAAUUUGCUGUGGUUAGACAAUGUAUAUCAAAAUCUACUGGUCAAGAGUAUGCUGCAAAAUUUCUGAAAAAGAGAAGAAGAGGACAGGAUUGUCGAGCAGAGAUUCUGCAUGAGAUUGCAGUACUUGAAUUGGCAAAGUCCUGUCCCCAUGUAAUUAAUCUUCAUGAAGUCUAUGAAAAUACAAAUGAAAUCAUUUUGAUAUUGGAACAUGCUGCAGGUGGAGAAAUUUUCAAUCUGUGUUUACCUGAGUUGGCUGAAAUGGUCUCUGAAAAUGACAUUAUCAGACUCAUUAAACAAAUACUUGAAGGAGUUUAUUAUCUACAUCAGAAUAACAUUGUACACCUUGAUUUAAAGCCACAGAAUAUAUUACUGAGCAGCAUAUACCCUCUUGGGGACAUAAAAAUUGUAGAUUUUGGAAUGUCUCGAAAAAUAGGGAAUGCAUGUGAACUUCGGGAAAUCAUGGGAACACCAGAAUACUUGGCUCCAGAAAUCCUGAACUAUGAUCCUAUUACCACAGCAACAGACAUGUGGAACGUUGGUAUAAUAACAUAUAUGUUGUUAACUCAUACAUCCCCAUUUGUGGGAGAAGAUAAUCAAGAAACAUACCUCAAUAUUUCCCAAGUUAAUGUAGAUUAUUCAGAAGAAACUUUUUCAUCAGUUUCACAGCUGGCUACAGACUUCAUCCAGAGCCUUUUAGUAAAAAAUCCAGAGAAAAGACCAACAGCCGAAAUCUGCCUUUCUCAUUCUUGGCUCCAGCAGUGGGACUUUGGAAACUUGUUUCACCCUGAAGAAACUUCCAGUUCCUCUCAAAGUCAGGAUCAUACAGUAAGGUCCUCUGAAGACAAGACUUCUAAACCCUCUUGUAAUGGAACCUGCAGUGACCGAGAAGACAAAGAGAAUAUCCCGGAGGAUAGCAGCAUGGUGUCCAAAAGGUUCCGCUUUGAUGACUCAUUGCCCAAUCCCCAUGAACUUGUUUCAGAUUUGCUCUGUUAGCACUUUUCUCUUUGACUCAUUUGAACUGAAUGUCGGAUUUGAAAUCCACUUCAGUGUGAGAUUGUGGUUUAUAGCUUCAUAUAUGGCAUGUUUAUAGCUUCAUAUAUGGCAUGUUUAUAUUGUAAAUGCACUUUAGCAUAGAAGAAUUUAGGGAAGUGUUUUAAUGCUAAAUUACUAGUUACUAGCAUAAUUUCAUUUCCUGUACUGAGAUAUCAGCUCUCAAAGAAAAUAUUUAAAUAUGUGACAAAAAAUAAAAUUGUACAUGUGAGUUUACAUGUUAAUGAAAGAAUUCAAGUUCAAAUGGAUUUAUUAAAAUGUUUUACAUAUCAGGAAAAGUAACUUGGGUUAUAUUAUGGUUGAUGUAAACAGAACAAAAUGAAGACAUUUGAAUUUAAUAGAUUCUCCAAGGUAAGUUCUAUACCAUGCCUCUAUUGACAAAAUUUUGUUUAGGAUAACAAUGUCAAGUUUAUAUAAGAAUAUACAUUAUUUUAUAGAUGCUCAAGAGAUAUUUUACACUUGAAAAUGUUUUUCAAUCAUGGAUAUUUUGAAACUGCAUAAGAUUUCCAUUACAUAUGGUCUGCUAUAUGAGACAGGUCCUUUAACCAGAGCAGAGAGGGGGUUAGAAACUAGAUUAGGGAUAUUCUAUACAAGUUGAAGCAGAGGAAAGAGCAGCAUGGCAUCAUUUUUAACUCAAAUGUCUUUUGCCCAUUCUCAACAUACGUCAGAUUUAACAAGGUGUAAAAGAUGGAGAAUACAGGGUACAGAGGUGUAGAGGAUUUUCAUCCUCCAGAAUCUCUAGAGUAGAAGAUGCUUAGGUAAAACUGAGUAUGCUCUGUUUUCAGUCAACCAAACAUAUUUAUUAAUUGAAUGUAGAAGAAAGUGCUGACAGACUUAUGCAACUUACAGAAUUUUAGGUAUCUUCUAACUCUUAGAAUAGAAGCCAAUUAUUCAGAGUUCUAAAAGGAUGCAUAAAAAAUAUCAUGGCACCAGUAGUACUAUUAACACAGUGCCAGAGUCAGCAGUAGCAAGGUGGAUAUGCUCAUAAAGCAGGAUGACAUCAAGCUCUUCUAAAGUUCUUGUGUAAAAUUCCUAGUGAGUGAGGAGGCUUAGCAGGAGAUCUGCAGAGUGGCAUUUAAUGGUCUUUUGCUGGGGCCAGUGCAAGUCACAGUCUAGGGACAGCAGAAUGUUUGAUGGGUGGCCGGUGACUAUGUUUGGUCCUAAUUGGCCGGAGGCAGGGAAGAUUUACUCCUUUUUGAGUAAUCUUUGAUGACUUUCCACCUGGAGACUAUUAAAAACUCUGUUAUGUUACCAUGUUAAGAUAACUGUAAAUUCAUGACCAUGUUACUGUAUCAAAAGAAAUUAGGUUUUGUCAAAAGAAAUCCUUUGGUUUUUUCCGUUUGAAUUAUAUAUUACUGUAAAAGCUUUGACUUCUUGAAACUUGGUAAGACUCCAAAUAACUUAAAACUGUUUUUAAUAAUGGUCAGAUCACUUUACUUGGGUAAAUGAAUUCUUUUUACAUCCUCA